GCCCCGCCCCUCAAGCUUCCAUAAGCCAAAACCGAAAAAAAAAAAAAAAUCAUCGGAGAAUCCGAUUCCCAAAUCGACGAAGCGUACGCUCCGAAUCGCCGCCGCCGCCGCCGCCUCCUCCUCCUCCCUGAAACAUUCGAUCUCCGCCGCGUCGAGAAGCAGCGCCGCCGGGACCCGAUGUCGUCGUCGCCGUUCGCCGACACCAGCACCGCCACGGCGCGCCUGAUGCCGCGCGCGGGCCAGUCCUUCUUCGCCACGCGCCGCCCCUGGCCGCAGUUCUUCAGCCUCCCCUCCCUCUCCCGCCCCUACUCCCUCGGCGAGGCCGGCGCCCGGAUCCGGCGCAACCUCGACUACUUCCGCGUCAACUACACCAUGAUCGCCCUCGGCAUCCUCUUCCUCAGCCUCCUCUGGCACCCGGUCUCCAUGAUCGUCUUCCUCGUCGUCUUCGUCGCCUGGUUCUACCUCUACUUCUUCAGGGACGAGCCCCUGGUCCUGCUCGGCCGCACGGUCGACGACCGCCUCGUGCUAGGGUUCCUCGCGGUGGUCACGGUCGUGGCCCUGGUCCUGACGAGCGUGUGGCUGAACGUGCUGGUCUCGGUCCUGAUCGGGGCUUUCGUGGUGGCCGUGCACGCCACGUUCCGGGGCACGGACGACCUGUAUGUCGACGAGCAAGACGCCGGCGACGGCGGGUUGCGGUCGUUCGUGGGAAGCCCCACGCGUGCUGGAUACACCAACUUCUAAAUGUAAUUCGGUGCGCAAUUUCUCUUAAUUGCGGCGAAAUGGGUCCUCCGCGCGACGCGAGAUUUGGGUUUUCAGGAGCUUAACGUGUAGUUCUCGUGGUGAAUUGAUGACGACUCGGGUCUUGCUGCGGAGGUUUAAUUGGAUGGCAUCAUCAGUUGAUGCCGGGUAGUGAGUACUGCUGGUUCCAUUCCUUUUUCUCUUUAGUGGGCAAUGUUUGUAUAAUGGCCAGUGUAGAUUGACCUGAUACUUUUGGAGAUAUGAUUACAAUCAGCUUCACCUUUGCUUCCA